UCGGCGUUGUUGGCAGGUCCACCGGUUCGCCGGUCGGAUCGCAGGCAGCUGGAAAAAAGGGGAAGCAGCAGCAGCGGCAGGCAGCGGCAGCGCAGUACUAUGGACCCCACGAACAAUGCCGAGACAGGGGAGACGGAAAGCAGCCCGGAGCUGUCAUACAUGCCGAUUCCCAGAGAAACACCGUGCAAGAAGGAGCAGGAGAAGCUGUCAGGGGUCGUUAAAAAUGUCCACAGAAAACUGCGCAGAAAAUACAGAGAGGUGGGUGAUUUUGACAAGAUCUGGCGGGAGCACUGUGAAGAUGAGCAGACACUGAGCGAGUAUGCCCUGGCCAUGAAGAAUCUAGCUGACAACCACUGGGCCAAAAACUGUGAAGGAGAGGGGCGCAUUGAGUGGUGCCGCAGUGUCUGUCAAGAAUACUUUUUGGAUGGUGGGAUGAAAAGAAUGUUGGAAAAGGAUGAGAAAAGUGCCAGACUUGCCAUGGGUCUGACUGCAGCAUCUUUAAGUACCCAACCGUACAGCACCAUCCCCAGUUCAAUCUCUCAGUUGGGGAAAAUGCGCCUUCUUGAUGUGGGAAGCUGUUUCAACCCUUUCCUGAAGUUUGAUGAAUUCCUUACAGUUGGUAUUGACAUAGUUCCUGCAGUUGAGAGUGUGUACAAGUGUGACUUCCUCAACCUUCAGCUCCAGCAGCCUCUCCAGCUGGCGGAUGAUGCUAUAGAGGCCUUCCUCCGCCAUCUCCACAACCCAAUCGAUGCUCUGCCUGCCCAGCUUUUCCAUGUGGUGGUUUUCUCCCUGCUCCUCUCCUACUUUCCCUCACCAUACCAGCGCUGGAUCUGCUGCAAGAAGGCCCACGAGCUGCUGGAGCUGCACGGCCUGCUGCUCAUCAUCACGCCCGACUCCUCCCACCAGAACCGCCACGCCCUCAUGAUGCGCAGCUGGCGCGUGGCGGUGGAGUCGCUGGGCUUCAAGCGCUACAAAUACAUCAAGUUCUCCCACAUGCAUCUCAUUGCCUUCCGCAAGGUGUCGCUGGCCACCACCAGCGACUUGGUGUCACGCAACUACCCCGAGAUGCUCUACAUCCCUCAGGACUUCCACUCCAAUGAGGAGGAGGACUAUGCUGAUGUGCCCGUACAGGCACGCUCCGAGUUUGAGGAUGACCAGCUGGCAUGGAGCUUCACCGAGCUGCCCGACACGCCCUACGAUUCAGAUUCCGGUGAGAGCCAGAGCAGCUCAGUGCCUGGCUUCCAUGAGCUAGAGGACCCCAUCCUGCUUCAGAGCUAGGCGAAACCAGCUGCGUUUCUCCCUCUCUCGAUAUAACUGUACCCACCCCUUCAACUGCUGCGCUGCCAAAUUUAACCUGCUGUAUUCUUCUCCCACUCAUCCCUCUCCUCGAAAACAAUGCAGUUUGCACAGAGUGAAAGAGAGAAGUUUACAGAUAUCAUUUAUUUUCUCAUAUCCACACACCUACAAGGGUACAUAUACAAACACACAUACACAAACACACACAGAUACACAUACAGUACACACACUAAGAUGGAUAUAUUUUAAUAAAUAACUAGGUUUUUUAAGAGUUGGAGAGUGAAUGUCGUCAAGAUAUCAAAAUGCCUAUUCCUUGAUUUCCAUUCCAUCUCCCAAAUUGCUCUCAAUAGCAAAAGUCAGCUGGUCUAUACUCUAUACUCAAUCUCUAUUUGAAUAAGCUAGUAUGGCAGGCUGCUUAGUAUGAAAGCCAAAUACAACAACCCAAGCAGUCUGACAAGAGAUUGAUUGCACUGGAAAGAUUGAGAUGGAACGACUGGUACGCUUGCUUUUGUCACGGUCAUGCAGCUAGACUUUCUGAAGUUCUUGAUGUGCAUUUAGUUUUCCAAGAAAAAAAAAGUGCAUUGUUAUAUAUAUUCUCAACAGUCAAAACAUCAGUGUUGUCCAGUACAAAAUGUGGCAAUGCCAUUUUAACUUGGCAUCCUGACUGAUUUGUGUAUCUUUUACAAUAAAGUGGUAUUUGUAGCAUUUUAAACAUUUUGAGAACCAUAUGGUAGGAGUAUUACUAGGUUUACUAAUGUGAAACUGUAACUGUGUAUACUCAUUGUGUAACAAGGUACGAGUAUUUCAGACUAGGUAUCACGCUUCUUUUUCCUCUUGGUGUCCUUACAAAUGUUAACGCUGAAUUGUUGUUUCCCGGUAGAUUUUUUCCAGUACAUACAACAUUUAUUUGUAGUCAAAUGGAAAAGUAGAACUCAAAAUAUUCAUCACAUCACUGCAAGUCAACAUCCCAUAUCAAGUGGGCUGUAAUUUACAGCACCAGUAUCCUCUUGAGGCAGUUUUGUAACCUCAGUGUGAAAAUACCUAACUCCACCUAAUUUUUAUCUCUGAAAAGAUCUAGAUCUGAGCUCUACAGUCAAAUAUUUCACCUUGAUGGAGGUAUUUGCACUAAGUUCCUGUUUUGUAAGAACCUCGGGAAGUAUGAAGUACAUUUUAGCAAUAGCAAGCAAGAUCUAAUCUGAACGUACUGUAUGCUGUGGGGGAGGUUACACUUAAUGACACUAGCACCUGGAAUGUUAUGUGUUUUCCUGCCCGUCUUUGAACAGGCAGAAGGUGUGGAUGUAGUUUGGAUUGUGUGAAUGAAGGCGCGUGUUCCUGAAUUUACGUUGUUGUAUUGUCGUUGGUGGCACUUUAUUGUUAAUCCAAAGGGUGUCACAGUCAUGUUCGUAUGAUGACACAGUGUUACAACCAAUAUAAUGGGCCCAUAAGGUAAUACCAGUAACUCUAAGGUGCCUUCUUUGUUGAAAUGUAUGUUUCAAACUGAUUUUCAUGCCCCCAGAGAAAGGAAAACUCAUACCUUUGUUUUUUUUUUUUGUUUGUUUGUUUUUUAAUAAUGAGCUUCCUUGGCCAAAUGAUAUGUGCAGCUGUUCAAUUUUCUGUUAGUAUUAAGGUUCU